CAGCAGAAAGCCCAGAGAGAGAGGAGUAGAGGGAGCGAGUGAGCGGCGGAGGAGUGAAGUCCAGCAGAUUUCUGAGGAAGCCGCGCUGCUCUCUGACCUGUAGGAGCAAGCGGACAGCGCCUGGACCUUCUGCUCACUUCAGCGCUUGAUGGGACCCAAAGCAGCGCUCUGUCCAAUACAGCAGGUGCUCCACUGCCCACAGCUGGACUCCACUGACACCUUUCAGCAGAGACGUCAGCUGCACACGGAGUAAAACGAGGCGAUGUAAACGUGUGGAGUUUGUAGAAACUCUUGGACUGCGGCUCACUAUGCAGACAUCCUACACCUAACUGACCUGCUGGACACUCAUAAAAAGAAAAAGAAGAGAAAGAAGGACAAGAAACGAAAAGCAAGGAAAAAGACUGACACACGGAGAACAUAUGGAGACUAGAAAGCACAUGCUGCUGCUGAAGCUGACACUGCUUCUGAAAGGUCUGUGCGAAUGCUUUAACGUAGAUGUGAACCGGCCGCGUAUCUUCAGUGGCCCAGAGGACGCCCUGUUUGGGUUUUCAGUGCUGCAGCAUGAAGCGGACGGAGAGAAACUGAUGCUGGUGGGCGCUCCGUGGGAUGGCCCACCCAAUAACAGGAUAGGAGACGUCUACAAGUGCCCUGUGGGAGAUGAACUGAAUUCCAGCUGCUCUAAAGUGAAUCUAGCUGAAAGUGCUUUCCAGAACGUGUCACGCAAUCUGAAAAACAGUCACUUCGGAAUGACGCUCACCCCAAACGAGUCUCAUGGAUUUCUGGCCUGCGCUCCGCUGUGGUCUCAGGAAUGUGGGACGUCCGUCUUCAGCACGGGGAUCUGCGCAUCUGUCGACAACAAACUACAGCCCACAGAGACCAUCGCCCCCACUGCCCAGAGGUGCACUACUUACAUGGACAUAGUGAUUGUUCUGGAUGGUUCCAACAGUAUCUACCCUUGGUACGAGGUGCAGAACUUCCUCAGUAACAUCCUCAGCAAGUUCCACAUCAGUCCGGAGCAGAUGCAGGUGGGUGUCCUGCAGUAUGGAGAGAUCUCCAUUCAUGAGUGGUCUCUGAAGGACUAUCAGUCCACACAGGAUGUUGUGGAAGCUGCCAAGAACAUCAGCCGUCAGGAGGGACGUGAGACACGCACCGCAUAUGCCAUCCACAUGGCCUGCACAGAGGCGUUCAGCGCCGAGCGAGGAGCGAGAGACGGAGCCACGAAAGUGAUGAUUGUAGUGACGGAUGGCGAGUCACAUGACGGGGAGGAGCUUCCUGAGGCUCUGGACGAGUGUGAGAAACGCAACAUCACCAGAUACGCCAUCGCCGUUUUGGGUCACUACAUCCGCAGGCAGCAGGACCCAGAGACCUUCAUUAAUGAGAUCAAAUACAUCGCCAGCGACCCGGAUGACAAAUACUUCUUCAACGUAACGGACGAAGCAGCGCUGAACGACAUCGUGGAUGCACUGGGAGACCGAAUAUUCAGCCUGGAGGGAACACUGAGCUACAAUGAAAGUGCCUUCCUUAUGGAGAUGUCCCAGAUUGGCUUCUCUACACACAUUUUAGAUGAUGGGAUCUUGUUCGGGAUGGUGGGAGCGUAUGACUGGGAGGGAGGCGUACUGAAGGAGAGCAAUGAUGGAAGAAUCAUGCCUCCACGAGAGGCGUUCGAGAAAGAAUUUCCGCUGGAGCUGAAGAACCACGCGGCUUACCUGGGUUACACCGUGUCCUCAGUGACCGUAGGGGACUGGAGGAGGCUCUAUGUGGCCGGAGCCCCCAGAUUCAAACACAAAGGAAAGGUCAUCCUGUUUGACCUUAGCCAAGAUGGAGACGUCACCAUCACACAGGCCCUGAAUGGAGAACAGAUUGGCUCGUAUUUUGGCAGUGAGGUCUGUGGGGUGGACGUGGACCAGGACGGCAUUACGGAUAUCCUCCUCAUCGCUGCCCCCAUGUUCCUCGGAGCAGGAAACAAAGAGACAGGGAAAGUUUACAUCUACUGUCUGGAUGGGGAGGGUUUUGCUCCUAAUGGGACGCUACAGGCUCAGUCCAAAGCCCAGGAUGCUCGGUUUGGCUAUGCCAUGGCUGUGGCUCCGGACCUCAACCACGACGGCUACGCUGACCUGCUGGUGGGAGCCCCACUGGAGGAUGACCACCAGGGGGCACUUUACAUCUACCAUGGCGAUGAAUACUACAUAAUACCUCAGUACAAACAGCGCAUCUCUGGCUCCUCCCUCUCUCCAGGCCUGCAGUAUUUCGGCCGCAGUCUGAGCGCUCUGCUGGAUAUGGAUGGCGAUGAGCUGCUGGACCUGGCGGUCGGAGCUCAGGGCAGCGCCGUCCUCCUCAGGUCACGGAGUAUAGUCCAGAUCAACGUGAGUCUGUCCUUCCAGCCACACUCCAUCAACGUGAUCCAGAAGAACUGCCACAGAGGCGGCCGAGAGUCAGCCUGCCUCAACGCCUCUGCCUGCUUCUUCGCCAACAGCCGCUCACCUGGAGCUUACGGCACACACUUCGAUCUGCAGGUGGGGGCCAUGCUGGAUGACCGGAAGCUGUCCGCACGCGCUCUGUUCGACUCCAACUCCCAGAGGCAGACUGUGAUAGGGGUCAGAGUUCAAGUGGGAAACACCCUGUGCCAGACGCUGCCCUUCCACGUGUUUGACACAGCUGACUACAUCCGACCAAUCAGCUUCUCCCUGCACUUCAAAAUCAAUGACACAGAAAGUGGGCCUGUGCUGGACGAAGGCUGGCCGACCACAGUGAAAAAAACAAUCCCGUUUUAUAAAGACUGUGGGGAAGAUGACGUCUGUGUGACAGACCUGAACCUGAAAGCCCACAUGGACAUCUCAGGAACAAGGCAGCAGCCGUACGUGAUCCGCAGCCCUCGCAGACGAUUAGCAGUGGAGGUUCAGCUCCAGAACCGGCUGGAAAACGCGUACAACACCAGCCUGACUCUCACCUACUCCAGAAACCUGCACUUCAGCAGCCUCAGUAUACGGGAGGAUGCCCAGUUUAAGAUUGAAUGUACUGCCCUGAGCUCCAACACUCACUCUUGCAAUGUCAGCUAUCCAGUGUUUCGCUCCCAGUCCAAGGUGAACUUCAUGCUGGAGUUUGAAUUUAGUUGCACAUCUCUUUUCAAUAAGGUCCAGAUGAAGCUGGUAGCAGCAAGUGACAGUGUUGAGCGAGAGGACACUCUGCUAGACAACACAGUUCAGUUACACACUGUAGUCCAGUAUGAACCUGACCUCUUCCUCACCAGUGAUUCCAAUCUAAACCGGUAUGAGGUCCAUCCAACCAGGACUGUGUCAGAGGGGACGGGACCUGAGUUCUACACACACUUCAGGGUACAGAAUCUCGGCUGCUAUGUGGUCAGACAUCUGGAGCUGAGUGUGAGUUUACCCGCCGUGGCUUCAGGAGACAGAGUCUUCUCCUCGGUGGUGGAAGCUUUCUCUCACAACGCCUCAGGCGUGAACUGCAGUGUGAGGAGUGACCUGGCUCAGCUGAAAGCUGCUCAGAGAGACGUGCGUCCACUGCAUCCUGAGGACAUGAAGAAGAACGAGAUGCUGAACUGCAGCACAGCGUGGUGCGUGGAGGUGGUCUGUGAAAUCCAGCAGCUUCUGAAAGGACAGACGGCCUUUAUCCGCAUCACCAGAAGAGUGCAUGACAACUUCUUCAGACAGGCUAAGUUCAAAGCUGUGAUGAUAGUGGGCUCCUAUCAUCUGUCUGCACGGGAGUCCAGUCUGGUCACACUGGGGAAUGCUGCCCUCUGGAGGGAGACGGUGUUGGAGGUGUUGAAGGGUCGCUCUAUUCCCAUCUCUCUCUGGAUCCUGAUCGGCAGCAUCAUCGGAGGUUUGCUUCUGCUGGCACUCAUCAUCUUCGUCCUUUGGAAGCUGGGCUUUUUCACGAGGAAACAGAGGACGGACAAGGACGAAAACCACGACGACUGAUUCUGCCCACCAGCACUGACGUUUCUGCGGUGGAGAUCUGAGAGUGCAAGUUUAAACAAAUGACCCCUUCCCUUCCUCUGGGAGCAGGACUUUAAUCCAUUAUAGCUGCCCUCCGUCACUGAGAGAACCACGUUCCACUCACUCUGACGUUACCAAGGUACUUUGGGCUCUAGCAAGCCGGAGUGUGUUGUGCUCGCUCAGGACCUCGUUUUAGCUCUGUGGAGAAGUCCAAUGGACUUGGGCAAGUUUCCCAGGGCGCUGCGAUGAAUGACCUCAAUGUAGCUUCGGCGACGGUACUGCCAACGUUAGGCUAUAUUUGGAUUGCGGGGAGGAGGGUGGGGUAGGAACUCAGAGCAGUGAAAUGCACUAUGCAUAAGAGUCAAGAGUAUAAUUCACGGCAGUCAGAUACGCUUUAUUUAUCUCCGAACAGAUACCAGUUUUUUUCCCGCUCAUUUCUAAGGUCUGUAAAUUGUUUCGUAUUAUGGAGCUGAUGUUGAAUAAAGUUUUGUAAGUUGUUUCACAAA